UUGCAGCUGCUUCUGCGCACAGUGUGGUUGAGAAGUAAGGUAGUGUGCUGUUAAGCUGUUUGGGAUAGCUUUGUUGCUAUUAUUAAUAAUUAUUACAUUUUGUAUGCAAACCCGCUUUAGCAAAUUAUUACAACAGCUCAGUUGUUAGAAGACGCCUAAGCUGCUUGUUAACAGAAAAAAAACAUCGUAUAAGAAUGGGAGGUUUUCCCUUCCCAGCCACUAAGCUAACUAGCUAAAAUCAUGCAUGUAUUAGUCUGUAGAAGGCACAUAGUUUGAACGUAUUUGUUUAUCCUUGUCUACACUGAAGACAGCGGGAUGCCAGAAAUAAAAGUAACACCGCUUGGAGCUGGUCAGGAUGUUGGUCGUAGUUGUAUACUUGUCUCUAUCGGGGGCAAAAACAUCAUGCUUGAUUGUGGAAUGCACAUGGGCUACAACGAUGACAGACGUUUUCCAGAUUUUUCCUACAUAACUCAAAAUGGGCGUUUGACAGAGUUCUUGGAUUGUGUCAUCAUAAGCCAUUUUCACCUUGACCACUGUGGGGCUUUGCCAUACAUGAGUGAGAUGGUGGGAUAUGACGGUCCAAUUUACAUGACUCACCCAACCAAGGCCAUCUGUCCCAUUCUACUGGAGGACUUCAGGAAGAUCACAGUGGACAAGAAGGGGGAAACCAACUUUUUCACCUCUCAGAUGAUUAAAGAUUGCAUGAAGAAAGUUGUUCCAAUUAAUCUCCAUCAAACAGUCCAGGUGGAUGAUGAGCUGGAGAUCAAGGCUUACUAUGCAGGCCAUGUGCUGGGGGCAGCCAUGGUCCAGAUCAAAGUGGGUGCUGAGUCAGUGGUGUACACGGGUGAUUACAAUAUGACACCUGACAGGCAUUUGGGUGCUGCCUGGAUUGACAAGUGUCGUCCAGAUAUUCUGAUCACAGAAUCCACAUAUGCCACCACCAUCCGUGACUCAAAGCGCUGCAGAGAAAGGGACUUCUUGAAGAAAGUUCAUGAGACAGUUGAGAGGGGAGGAAAGGUCCUUAUCCCAGUGUUUGCUCUCGGAAGAGCCCAGGAGCUCUGUAUUCUCUUGGAAACAUUUUGGGAGAGGAUGAACCUCAAGGCUCCCAUCUACUUUUCAACUGGCCUAACAGAGAAGGCAAACCAUUACUACAAGCUCUUCAUCACGUGGACCAAUCAAAAGAUCCGCAAAACCUUUGUGCAAAGAAACAUGUUUGAAUUCAAACAUAUAAAGGCUUUCGAUCGUACCUAUGCAGACAAUCCUGGACCAAUGGUGGUGUUUGCUACCCCAGGAAUGUUGCAUGCUGGUCAGUCUCUACAGAUAUUUAAGAAGUGGGCUGGCAAUGAAAAGAAUAUGGUCAUCAUGCCUGGCUAUUGUGUCCAAGGAACUAUUGGUCACAAGAUUCUGAAUGGCCAGAAAAAGUUGGAGAUUGAAGGAAGAGCUACGCUGGAGGUGAAACUGCAGGUGGAGUACAUGUCGUUCAGCGCUCAUGCAGACGCUAAGGGCAUCAUGCAGCUGAUCCGCAUGGCAGAGCCCCGCAACAUACUCCUGGUGCACGGAGAGGCCAAGAAGAUGGAGUUCCUCAAAGACAAGAUUGAACAGGAAUUCAACGUCAGCUGUUUCAUGCCAGCUAAUGGGGAGACCACCACUGUGGAGACCAACCCCAGUGUCCCAGUGGACAUCUCCCUUAACCUGCUCAAGAGGGAGAUGGCCCUUGGAGGACCUUUGCCAGAUCCUAAAAAGCCUCGCACCAUGCAUGGAACCCUUAUCAUGAAAGAUAAUAGCUUGAGGCUGGUAUCUCCAGAUCAGGCCCUGAAAGAGCUAGGGCUGAGUGAGCACCAGUUGCGGUUCACGUGUCGCGUGCAGCUCCAGGAUCCCCACAGCGAUGCAGACACCCUCACCCGCAUCUACACACACUUAAAGAGUGUGCUGAAAGCCUACACCAUCCAACACCUCCCAGAUGGAACGGUCAUGGUGGAGUCCAUUGUCAUCAAAGUGUCCUCCACUGCUGAGGAGCCCAACAUCAAGGUCAUCCUGCUCUCCUGGAGCUACCAGGAUGAAGAACUGGGCAGUUUUUUGUCAACCCUACUGAAGAAAGGACUUCCUGCUGGACUGUGAACACAUUUCUUGACUAUUUUUCUGCUGUUUGUAGACUUUUGUAGGAUGGACAGAUUAAAUACUUUUAUACUGAAAAAA